AUCAGUAUGCCAGCUAGCUCGCCGGAGAUAUGGCCAAGGACGACAGCCCGGCGGAGACGGUGGAGGAGAAGCCGGCGGCGCCGGUUCUGCGGUCGUUCGCGUCAGUGUUCAUGCACGCGGAUGCGGUGGACGUGGCGCUGAUGGUGCUGGGCCUGGCGGGCGCCAUGGGCGACGGCAUGUCGACGCCGGUGAUGCUGGCUAUCACCAGCCGCGUCUUCGACGACACCGGCAGCGGCCCCGAUCACCUCCAGCAGUUCAGCUCCAAGAUGAACGUGAACGUGAGGAAUACCCUCUUCUUGGCUGCUGCACACUGGAUCGCGGCGUUCCUAGAGGCGUAUUGCUGGACGCGGACGGCGGAGCGGCAGUCGUCGCGGAUGCGGGCACGGUACCUGCGGGCGGUGCUCCGGCAGGACGUGGAGUACUUCGACAUCAGCGCGGGCUCGACGUCGGAGGUGAUCACCGGCGUCUCCGGCGACGCCCUCGCCGUGCAGGACGCGCUGAGCGAGAAGGUGCCCAACUUCGUGAUGAACGUCACCCUGUUCGUGUCCAGCUACGCUGUCGCGUUCGCGCUCCUGUGGCGGCUCACGAUGGUGUCGCUGCCGUCCGUGCUGCUGCUCGUCGUCCCCGGCUUCCUGUACGGCCGCGUCCAGGUCGGCCUGGCGCGCCGCAUGCGGGAGCAGCACGCGCGCCCGGGCGCCAUCGCCGAGCAGGCCGUGUCGUCGGUGCGCACCGUGUACUCGUUCGUCGCGGAGAGGGCCACCGCGGCGCGGUUCUCCGCCGCGCUGGAGGAGUCGGUGCGGCUCGGGCUCAGGCAGGGGCUCGCCAAGGGCGUCGCCGUCGGCAGCGGCGGCAUCCGCAUCGCCAUCUUCGCCUUCAACGUCUGGUACGGCAGCCGCCUUGUCAUGUACCACGGCUACAAGGGCGGCACCGUCUACAUCGUCGCCGUCGUCAUUGUAGUCGGAGGCGGAGCGCUAGGGUCCGCGUUGUCGAACAUCAAGUACUUAGCGGAGGCGAGCUCGGCGGCAGAGCGGAUCGUGGAGUUGAUCAGGCGGGUGCCCAAGAUAGACUCGGAGAGUGGCGCCGGUGAGGUGCUAGACAGCGUCGCCGGCGAGGUGGAGUUCAGGAACGUGGAGUUCUGCUACCCGUCGCGGCCGAAGAGCGCCGUCUUGGUGAGCUUCAGCCUACGCGUGCCGGCCGGACGCUCGGUGGCGCUGGUGGGCGCCAGUGGGUCGGGGAAGUCGACGGUGAUCGCGCUGCUGGAGCGCUUCUACGACCCGACGGCCGGGGAGGUGAUCCUCGACGGCGUGGACAUCCGGCGGCUGCGGCUCAAGUGGUUGCGCGCGCAGAUGGGACUCGUCAGCCAAGAGCCGGCGCUGUUCGCGACGUCGAUCAGGGAGAACAUACGGUUUGGAAAGGAGGACGCCACGGAGGAGGAGAUCACGGCUGCGGCGAAGGCGGCCAACGCCCACAGCUUCAUCUCGCAGUUGCCGCGGGGCUACGACACGCAGGUGGGUGAGCGUGGUAUCCAAAUGUCUGGAGGACAGAAGCAAAGGAUUGCUAUUGCCAGAGCACUCAUAAAGUCACCCAAGAUCCUCCUCCUCGAUGAAGCCACUAGUGCAUUGGACACUAAUUCAGAGCAUGUUGUGCAGGAGGCGCUUGAGUUGGUCUCCAUGGUCCGAACUACUAUUGUAGUUGCUCAUCGUCUCUCCACUAUCCGCAACGCCGAUAUGAUUGUUGUCAUGCAGUCUGGUGAGGUCAAGGAGUUAGGAUCCCAUCAUGAGCUCAAUGGAAAUGAGAAUGGCCUCUACUCAUCUCUUGUCCGCCUUCAGCAAACCAGAGAUUCAGUGGACAUGACCGAGGACGGCGAGGAGCUUGGAAAAACUAGAAGUACAGAUAUUUUGCGGCAAUCAAGCAGUCAAAGCAUGAGCAGGGGUUUCACUGCAGCAAGUAGGUCGAGCUCAACACGUUCAGUGGGUGAUGUAAAAGCUUAUGGUAACACAGAGAAUCCAAAGCUUCCCGUGCCAUCCUUCAGGAGGCUACUUAUGCUUAAUGCACCAGAAAUGAAGCAGGCACUUAUGGGAAUCUUUAGUGCAAUUGUGUCUGGAAGCAUACAGCCUGUGUUUGCCUAUGCCAUGGGUAGCGUGAUCUCGAUCUACUUCUCAACAGAUCAUCAAGAGAUCAAGAAGGAAACAAGGACCUAUGCACUUGUCUCUGUCGGCCUUGCGGUGCUGACAUUCCUUAUCAGUAUUGGGCAACAUUACAACUUUGCUGCCAUGGGGGAAUAUCUCACAAAGAGGAUCAGGGAACAAAUGCUCUCUAAAUUUCUCACUUUCGAGAUCGGGUGGUUUGACCGCGAUGAGAACUCUAGUGGUUCCAUAUGCUCACAGCUUACCAACGAUGCCAACAUUGUGAGGUCACUGGUGGGUGAUCGAAUGUCUCUAGUGACCCAGACAGUUUCUGCAGUUCUAACCGCGUACAUCAUGGGUCUAGUGAUUGCUUGGCGUUUAGCUCUUGUGAUGAUUGCAGUGCAGCCUCUUGACAUUACAUGCUUCUAUACUCGCCAUGUCUUACUAAAGAGAAUGUCCAAGAAAUCAAUGCAGGCACAAUCUGAAUGCAGUAAGCUUGCUGCCGAGGCUGUCUCUAAUCUCCGAACGAUAACUGCUUUCUCAUCCCAGAACCGCAUCCUGCACCUCUUUAACCAAGCACAAGAUGGUCCACGCAAGGAAAGCAUCCGACAGUCAUGGUUUGCAGGUUUUGGCCUCGGCACCUCCAUGAGCAUUUUGAGAUGUACAUGGGCACUCACCUUCUGGUAUAGUGGCAUUCUCAUAGCUGGGCACCAUAUUACCGCGAAGGCCUUUUUCCAAACCUUUUUGAUUCUAGUAAGCACAAGCCUUGUGAUUGCAGAUGCAGGUAGUGUUACUGCAGACCUUGCUAAGGGUGCUGAUGCAGUCGCUUCGGUGUUUGCUGUUCUUGAUCGGAAAACAGAGAUAGAUCCCGAUAGCCCCGAUGGAUAUAAACCAGAGAAGCUCAAAGGCGAGGUGGACAUUAGAGAAGUUGAUUUUGCAUAUCCAUCAAGGCCAGAUGUGAUCAUCUUCAAAAGAUUAUCCUUGAGCAUCGAACCAGGCAAGUCAACGGCAUUUGUUGGGCAAAGUGGUUCAGGCAAGUCGACCAUUAUUGGGCUUAUAGAGAGGUUCUAUGACCCAAUUAGCGGGGUAGUAGAGAUCGAUGGUAAAGAUAUUAAAACAUAUAAUCUUCGAGCCCUACGACAGCACAUUGGGCUGGUGAGCCAAGAACCAACACUAUUUGCAGGUACCAUCAGAGAGAACAUUGUGUAUGGCACCGAAACAGCGAGCGAGGAAGAAAUUGAGAAUGCGGCAAGAUCUGCAAAUGCACAUGACUUCAUUAGCAACCUGAAGGAUGGAUAUAACACAAGGUGUGGUGAGCAAGGUGUUUUACUUUCAGGAGGGCAGAAGCAGCGCAUUGCUAUUGCUCGUGCGAUUCUAAAGAAUCCUGCAAUAUUGCUUCUGGAUGAAGCUACAAGUGCAUUGGACAGUCAGUCUGAGAUGGUGGUGCAAGAGGCAUUGGACCGAAUGUUGACAGGCAGGACCAGCGUAGUGGUGGCACACAGGCUGAGCACUAUUCAGAACUGUGACAUGAUCAUUGUGCUUGAGAAAGGAAUUGUUGUGGAGAAAGGCACACAUGCAUCCCUCCUUGGAAAAGGUCCUGCUGGAACAUACUUUGGAUUGGUUAAUAUGCAGCAAGGAAGCAACCACACCAACAGCUCUGUGAUUCUGCAUGAAAAACCAUAGUUCCACAUUAGCAGUACAUGUGCUGUCUUCCUUCAACAAUGGGCAGCAGCAGUAGUUAUUUGCUGGGCUUCUAUGCAAACUAUUUUCUGGUUAACCCAUGUAUUGCUGAUCCAAACCAGAAAUUACUACCAUGUAUAUUUUCUGGUUAACCCAUAGUUCCAUUUUAGCAGUACAUGGGCAGUCUUCCUUCAACAAUGGGCAAUCUCCUAUUGCUCUAUCAGUACAUGCUGGUAUGUAAAGCUUGUGGUUUAUUUUCAGAGGCAUAAGUAUUAUAAAACAUGUAUAAACAUUAGAAGUUUACAGAUAAAUUUUUGGAGCCCUUAAUCAACCAAAAUUUAUUAUAUUUAGAA